AUGACGAGCACACUCAAGCGCAAGGCCGGCGACACGCCUGCCGCCUCAGACGCCAAGAAGCCGAAGCAGAACGGCAACAUCACCUCCUUUUUCGGCGCCCCUAAACCCGUCCCCGGCGCCGCCAAAGCCGCAGCCGCUCCCGAGGCACCGGCAGCAAAGUUCGACAAGGCGAAAUGGGUCGCCGGUCUGACGCCCGAGCAGAAGGACCUGCUGAAGCUCGAGAUUGAGACGCUGCACGAGAGCUGGCUGGGUUUGCUCAAGGACGAGGUGACGAGCAAGGAGUUUCUCGACCUCAAGCGGUUCCUCAACCGCGAGACGGAGAUGGGACGCAAGUGGUUUCCGCCCAAGGAAGACGUCUACUCAUGGUCCCGCCACUGCCCGUUCAACCAGGUCAAGGUCGUCAUCCUCGGCCAGGACCCCUACCACAACAUCAACCAGGCCCACGGCCUCGCCUUCUCCGUCCGGGCCCCGACGCCGGCGCCCCCGUCCCUCAAGAACAUGUACAUAGCCCUGAAGCGCGACUACCCGACCUUCACGCCGCCGCCCAACAAGGCGGGCCUGCUGACGCCGUGGGCGGACCGCGGCGUGCUGCUGCUCAACACGUGUCUAACGGUGCGCGCGCACGAGGCCAACAGCCACUCGAACCGCGGCUGGGAGCGCUUCACGCAGCGCGUCAUCGACCUCGUCGCCGCCCGGCGCACGCGCGGCGUCGUCUUCCUGGCCUGGGGCACGCCCGCCGGCAAGAGGGUGCUCAAGGUCGACCAGAAGAGGCACCUCGUGCUGAAGAGCGUGCACCCGAGCCCGCUGAGCGCGUCGCGCGGCUUCUUCGACUGCGGGCACUUUAAAAAGUCGAACGAGUGGCUCGUCCAGAGGUACGGCGACGAGGCCGAGAUUGACUGGGAUCUCGGCGGCGGCGGCAGCACGCUGAGCGCUGCCGCGAAGAAGGCGGUCGCUGUGAAGCCUGCCGAGACGCCCGUUAUGGAGGAGGCGAAGACGAAGGCGACGGAGGAGGACGAUGGCGAGGAGGCGGACGAGGCUGAGGAGGAGGCCAUGGCGCAGGCUCUUGCUGAGGCCGAAGCCAAGGCGCAGACUCAGCUGAAGAAUGAGGCCAAGGCUGAUGGCACGAACGGAGAUGUCACCGGGGUUGAGCCCAAGGAGUAG